AUGUCUACACUGUGGGUGGAGAGCAACUUCUAUUCUCAGUGGUGCUACGAAAACUUCAUCCAGUUUCGCUCCAUGAAAAGGGCAUGGGAUGUCCGGGACCAGCUCGAGGGCCUGAUGAACCGUAUUGAGGUGGAGGUGGUCAGCUCCCAGGGAGACAGUGUGCCUAUUCGCAAGGCGGUGACAGCAGGAUAUUUCUAUCACACAGCACGACUCAGCAAAGGCGACUACAAGACAGUGAAGCGUCAGCGAACUGUCUACAUUCACCCCAGCAGCUCUCUGUUUAAGGAGCACCCUCGCUGGCUCAUCUACCACGAGCUGGUCUUCACCACCAAAGAGUUCAUGAGACAGGUGAUUGAGAUAGAGAGUGGCUGGUUGCUUGAAGUGGCUCCUCACUGCUACAAAAGCGAGGAGAUUGAAGACAGCAGCAGCAAGACGAUGCCGCGCAAGCAGGGUAAAACCAAAGAGGAGCUGGGCUGGUGA